CGGGAUUUGGCGGGGCCUUUGUCUCUCGCUGCAGCCGGAGCUCCAGGUGUCGUCUUCACUGCUCUGUGUCCUCUGCUCCUAGAGGUCCACCUUCUGUGGCCCCGUUACCUGCAGGUAUUGGGGGAUCCACAGCUAAGACGCCAGGACUCCCUGGAAGCCUAGAAAUGGGACCACUGACAUUUAGGGAUGUGGCCAUAGAAUUCUCUCUGGAGGAGUGGCAGUGCCUGGACACUUCACAGCAGAAUUUGUAUAGGAAUGUGAUGUUAGAUAACUACAGAAGCCUGGUUUUCCUGGGUAUUGCUGUCUCUAAGCCAGACCUGAUCACUUGUCUGGAGCAAGGAAAAGAGCCCUGCAAUAUGAAGAGACAUGCGAUGGUAGCCAAACCCGCAGUUGUGUGUUCUCAUUUUGCCCAAGACCUUUGGCCAAAGCAGGGCUUAAAAGAUUCUUUUCAAAAAGUGAUUCUGAGAAGAUAUGGAAAAUAUGGACAUGAGAAUUUACAAUUAAGAAAAGGCUGUAAAAGUGUGGAUGAGCAUAAGGUGCACAAAACAGGUUGUAAUGGACUUAACCAAUGUUUGACAACUACCCAGAGCAAAAUAUUUCAAUGUGAUAAAUAUGUUAAAGUCCUUCAUAAAUUAUCAAAUUCAAAUAUACAUAAGAAAAGACAUACUGGAAAGAAACCUUUCAAAUGUAAAGAAUGUGGCAAAUCAUGUUGCAUACUUUCACAACUAACUCAGCAUAAGAAAACUGCUACUAGAGUAAAUUUCUACAAAUGUAAGACAUGUGGAAAAGCCUUUAACCAGUUCUCAAAUCUUACUAAACAUAAGAGAAUUCAUACUGAAGUGAAUCCCUACAAAUGUGAAGAAUGUGACAAAGCCUUUAACCAGUCCUUAACUCUUACUAAACAUAAAAAAACUCAUACUGAAGAGAAACCUUACAAAUGUGAAGAUUGUGGCAAAGUCUUUAGUGUAUUUUCAGUCCUUACUAAACAUAAGAUAAUUCAUACAGGAACAAAACCCUACAAUUGUGAAGAAUGUGGCAAAGGCUUUAGUAUAUUCUCAACCCUUACUAAACAUAAGAUAAUUCAUACUGGAGAGAAACCCUACAAAUGCAAUGAAUGUGGUAAAGCCUUUAACUGGUCCUCAACUCUUACUAAACAUAAGAGAAUUCAUACUGGAGAGAAACCCUACAAAUGUGAAGAAUGUGGCAAAGCCUUUAACCAGUCCUCAACCCUUACUAGACAUAAGAUAGUUCAUACUGGAGAGAAACCGUACAAAUGUGAAGAAUGUGGUAAAGCCUUUAAACGGUCCACAACUCUUACUAAACAUAAGAGAAUUUAUACUAAAGAGAAACCAUACAAAUGUGAAGAAUGUGGAAAAGCCUUUAGUGUAUUCUCAACUCUUACUAAACAUAAGACAAUUCAUACUGGAGCAAAACCUUACAAAUGUGAAGAAUGUGGCAGUGCCUUUAGGGCAUUCUCAACCCUUACUGAACAUAAGAGAGUUCAUACUGGAGAGAAACCUUACAAAUGUAAUGAAUGUGGCAGAGCCUUUAACUGGUCCUCAACUCUUACUAAACAUAAGAGAAUUCAUACUGGAGAGAAACCCUACAAAUGUGAAGAAUGUGGCAAAGCUUUUAACCGGUCCUCAAACCUUACUCGACAUAAGAAAAUUCAUACUGGACAGAAACCAUACAAACCUAAAAGACGUGACAGUGCUUUUGGCAACAUCUCAAACUUUUCUAGACAUAAAAGAAAUCAUACGGUGAUUUCUAUAUUGCUAAGAAGUGGCUGUCCUGCCAGGAAACUGCUAUUCUCAGCUCUACCAACAUUGACUAAUAGUGAGUGAAAGUGAUGUGUGGAUAAGAAGCAAAUGUGUCUUCUCUGCAUCUCUUUUUAAAUGUAGUCACUGAAGAAAAAGAAUGCAGAUAGUAAAUAAAAUAUAAUGUGAUUCCUGAAAGAUCACGAAGAAGUCCUCUUAACCAGAAAGAAAGAAAGAAAGAAAGAAAAAAAAAGAAAAGAAAAGAAAAAGAAAGGAAAAAAGAAAACCACAGGGGAUGGUGAUGUGAGCAGAAGAUAUGUUAUUUUUCUAAGCCUCUGAAAUUUCAGUAUACAACCUGCAUUGCUUUAACAAAUACAUAAUUCCUUCAGUUUGGAUUUUCAGGAUAUAAUUCCAUUCCCUGGUGAAUCGAAACAGAGAAGAAUAGCUUAUAUGUUAAGGUAAGAGACAUAAGGAAGACCCAUUACUUUGGACCAACAUCUCCUCCACCCCCAAUUCCAGGCAAUCAUCAUUCUACUCUCUGCUUCUAUGGUUUAAAUUUUUUGUACACUCUACAUAGAAAAUAAUAUUAUGUGGCCGGGCAGGUGGCUCUCACCUGGAAUCCCAACACUUUGGGAAACCCAGGCGGGCAGAUCACCUGAGGUCAGGAGUUCGAGACCAGCCUGACCAACAUGGAGAAACCCUGUCUACUGAAAAUGAAGAAUUAGCCGGAUAUGGUGGCGCAUGCUUGUAAUCCCAGCUACUCUGGAGGCUGAGGCAGGAGAAUUGCUUGAAUCCGGGAGGUGGAGUUUGCGGUGAGCCAAGAUCACGCCAUUGUACUCCAGCCUAGGCAACAAGAGAAAAACUCCGUCUCAAAAAAAAAAAAAAGGAAAAGAAAAGAAAUAAUAUUAAGUGGGUUCUUUUCUCUACUGACUUAUUUUACUUAGCAUAAUGUCCUCCAGGUUCAUUGAUGUUGUUGCAAAUAACAAGAGUUGCUUCUUUUGAAGGGCAGAAUAGCAUUUCAUUGUGUAAAUAUGCCACAUUUUCUAUAUUCAUUCACCAGUUGAUUAACACUUAGGUUUAGUUCAUACCUUAGGAGUAAUUGUGAGGAAUCCACUUUUUUAAAUUUGUUUUUGUUUUUAUAACUCUGCUUUUAUUUUUAUUUCUAGAAGUAUUUUAAUUUAAUAAUAUAACUUAUGACUGUUACAUAUCUUCAUUUGAGCUUGAUUUGGGACAUGAGCUAUGUGCCCAAAAGAAAUUAUUUUACAUCCUUGGAGCUUCAAUCUACAUUAUUAAUAAAAGAUACUAUUUUUCCAAGGCUGUUUUAAUUUAUACAUAGUAGCUAUAAGCAUUUUUCACUGAAAGGCUCUUCUAAAUAUAGCAAAUAUUUAAGAAUAAGAGUUUAUAUUUCAAAGAUUUUUAAUAACGGUAUAUUUUGUCAUAUUUAGUGUAUUCUUUCUGAAAAAUGCCAAAAUGAGAAUUUUAUUAUUUUUCCUGGAAUAACAGCCUAAGGGAUUCUGCAUUGUGGCUUUGCUAAUUUUAGCAUAUGGUUUUGACUGCUACAAUUGAAAUUAGGUUGAAUUUUAAACUCACUAUUUAGCUUGUGUGGUUUUUGGUUCAUUUGCAGAACCAAAUAUAUUGGACAUGAAGUGCGUGGGGUGACUUGGUUUCAUUUCUACUCUCCUUUGUUAUUACAUUUGGAACUUUAGAAAUGAUUGGGUUCAAAUAAGGUUGGUUUUGAAUCAAGCAACAGAAAAUCCCAGAAAUCACUGAGAGAAAUAGCUACUGCAUAGUGCUUUUCAGUGAGAUUUAUACAUGAAACAGAGUUUAUUGAAAGUUUGUUGAAAUUAGAAACUAAUUACCUACAACAUAUUAGGCACUUGUCUUAGUUUGUCUAUGGCAUCCCUAGCUUGGGGAAGCUGACAUUACAGAAAAGAAUAUUGCUAUGGUAAUAAGAUUUGCAACAAAUACUUAUGUGUUUGUAAACCUUUGCCUUAAUAAUCCUUAGAUAAAUGUCAUUCUGACUCAA